UUAUAUUUGUGCACAUUUAUUUAUUAUCAGUAAAUAAAAAAAAUUGAAAUAAACAAUUAUUAAACAAUGGAAGAAAUGAGUGAAAAGAAUAAGAAAUGGACUGAUGAAGAACGAUUAAAACUUGCUUCAAAAUUAGAUGAUGAACUCGAUGAAUAUAUAAGUAAUUUAGAAAAAAAAAGUUAUACAGAAGGAUGGCCAGAAGAUCAGUGGGAACAAGAAAUGGAAAAACAUCCAUUUUUUAUGAAAAAAAUACCAGAACCUGGAGAAGAACUUUCACCCUUGAUGGAAGGAUUGCAACAGCUCAAAUAUGGAGAAGAUGAAAAUACGCCUGAGGAACUUGCUAAUAAUUAUAAAGAAGAUGGAAAUUUCAAUUUUAAAUAUAAAAAAUAUAGAUUAGCUAUUCUGAGUUAUACAGAAGGCAUAAGAACUAAAUGCAAAGAUGUUGAUUUAAUGGCUCAGCUUUAUAAUAAUAGAGCUGCUGCACAUUUUAUGUUAAAAAAUUAUAGAUCAAGUUUAAAUGAUUGCAAACUAGCUUUGAAAUUAAAAUCAAAUUAUACAAAAGCUUUAAAUAGAGCUGCUACUUGUUGUUUAUAUAUAAAAGAUUAUGAUAAUUGCAUUGAUUUUUGUGAUCAGUUACUUGAUGAAUCUCCCACUGAUAAAAUAAUAUUACAUUUAAAAUCACAAGCAGUUGCUGCAAGAGACCGUUUAAAAAGAGAUAAAAGAAAACAAGAUAGAUUAGAAAAGCAAUUAAAUAAAAAAGAAGAAGAAUUAUUAAAUAUAAUAAAAAGAAAUAAGAUUAAUUUAGAAUUGAUCGAAGAAAAUAAAAAUCCAGAUUUAAAAGAUUUAGAACCUCAAAUACCACAAAUAGCACAGAAUAGGGUUCAUUUGGAUGCACAAAAUAAGCUUAUUUGGCCAGUUAUGAUUUUAUAUCCAGAAACACAACAAACAGAUUUUAUACAAAAUUUCCAUGAAGAUACAUUAUUGAUAGAACAAUUAGAACAGUUAUUUAAUGAACCACCUGAAUGGGAUUCACAGAAACGUUAUAUUCUUCAGAAUAUAAAUGUUUAUUUUGAGGGUAAAGAUAAAAGUUCUUUAUAUAAGGUAGACAUUGAUCAGUCUCUAGGGAAAAUAUUGCAGAACGAGCAAUUUAUAGUACGAGGAGGUACACCAGCAUUUUUGAUAUUUGUAAAGUCUAGUGAAGCAGAAAAACGAUUUUUAAUGAAUUAUUAAAUUAUUCUUAAUGAAUUAUUAAAUUAUAUAUAUUAUUUUUAAAUUUAUAAAAAAA